AUGGAUCUAGACGCACGACUGCAGUUGAAUACGCGCGUGCUGCAGCGGAUUGAUCCAUGCGCACUGCACAUACUUGCCUCUGCGUCCUUUGUCGUGUACUAUACGUAUGAAAAUGAGUGGACCAAGACGAGUGUGGAAGGCCCACUGUUUCUGUACCAGCGCUCCGAGGCACCAUACUAUGGCCUGCAGAUUCUGAACCGAAACGACCCUGAGCCUUUCUAUGUCGGUUUCACGCCGAGCGAUGACGUGGAGAUCAGUGAGGCCUUUCUCAUUUACCGUGCACACCAGCCAGAUGAUGGCAACGCUGGCGAUCAUACCAUUUACGGAUUCUGGAUCUUUGAGCCGUCCCAGCUCGAGCAACUAGCCAAGACGAUCACAUCGCUGCAAAAGGCGCCCUAUCCUCCGCCAGCUCCCCCGCCGCUGCGCGUAGACCACGCUCCUACCUCCAUCAGCAUGGAUGCCCUCUUUGGCCAGCCCGAGGCACCCACCUUUACUGAGCAAGAGCGCACGGGUGCCUCGAUCCUGAACGCCCUCUUUCGCGAAGCCUCGGACAAGAACCAAGACACCGCCCCAGAGCCAAAGGCACCAGAACCUGCGUCGCAAAUACAAAGCACCCCGAUUGAUCUGGAUACACUAUUUGGGACAGCAUCCGUGCAAGAGAGCUCCGAUCCUAUGGCGAUGGAACCUGUCGAUGAAUUGCGCGCACCCAAGUCGCCACCGACUUCUAUAGGCGACACACUCCCAGCCUCGCAGGUGGUGGUAGGGCUGGAAGGGCACUUGUCGCGCGCCGAUUUCGUGCAAAAGUUGAUUGUACAGCUGUGUACGGACCAGGCCUACGUGGAAAAGCUGUACGCCGAGUACCAGCGUGGUCAUAGAUAG